AUGCCACCCAAACGGAAGCGCACCGAUGAUGCGCCCGACAUCAACACUAACGACCGACGCACGAAGCCAUACGCCUACCUGAAGCCCCAGGUACGGCACAUCUCAGAGCGAACAAUCAAAUCCAAAUGGUCUACACUGCCCGAACCUGCUCAGGAUAAGAUUCGCGAUAUGUUUCGAGCCCUUGAGCGUCCUGUUAUUGUUCGACAGCAGAAUGACCGCAAGCGCUACGAGGCUCAAGCGGCUGUCCAGGCGGUUGUCAAGAACCUUGGGAAGCGGCUUCCUCGAAUGCCUUUUCCUCCGUUGACGAAAGACUCGGUUUUUGAGUACGAAGCGGCGUUGAAGGAACAUAGCGCGCUAGAGUCUACGCUUUCGACGAUGACAGAUAGCAUUGACUUGCUGAAGCAUGAGAUUGCUAAAGAGGAGGCGCUUCUUGCCAAAGAGAUGAAGAAACUACAGGAACUGGAAAGGGAUGCAAAGCGCGUAGAGGCCGAAGGGAAGAGGCAGAUGAAAAAUGAGCAUCCCCUUCUCCGGCAACUUGAUAAACCCGAUCAAGAUACAGGGGGAAGGGCCGAGUUCACAGUUUCAACUGCGAAAGAUUCAUGUCUGGGAUUCGAUGAGCUUGAGGACGACCCGGAGGUGUCCAGUUUGCUGAAGCAACUAAACAACCAUCUGAGAUCUAUGCAGAGCAAUGUGGCCCCACUUGCUGGACUACAGGACGCUAUUACACGGUCUCAGACCGCGUUGAGUCUGGCAUCGAUGCCCAAUGACUGA